ACAUAAACAAAGUUGCAAAAUCCGUAAAUUGAUAUUAAAAAUUACAAAAUUAAUCGCUAAAAUCCAAAUUUAACGCCGAAAUUCGUGUGAAAUUCCAUUUGUGACGAUGGAUCGACGUGCAAACAGUUCAAAUUCCCUCGAUUCUGACUCGAAAUCCAGUUCUCUCAACUCGAAACAUGAAACUCCUGGCGAUCAACCGUUCAUUUACUUGUCGGGCGAGAAGAUGCAAGAUGUGAAAAAUGAUGUCACUUACAUUUGCCCGUAUUCGGGACCCAGUCGAGGUACAUUGACCAUCACCAAUUAUCGCCUGCAUUUCAAGUCGAACGAAAAAGAGGCGUUGAUUGUCGUCGAUGUGCCGCUCGGAGUCGUUUCGCGCAUCGAAAAGGUCGGCGGAGCAACGUCACGUGGCGAAAACUCGUACGGCAUCGAUAUUUUUUGCAAAGAUAUGCGGAAUUUGAGAUUCGCUCAUAAGCAGGAAAAUCACAGUCGUCGCACAGUUUUCGAAAAAUUACAACAAUUUGCGUUCCCCAUCUCAGCUGGAGAGAAACUUUUUGCAUUUUAUUACGCGGAAAAAUUCUCGCAAUGCGAUGGAUGGUCGAUUUACGAGCCUGUCGCCGAGUUAAAUCGCAUUUUGGGACGAAAUAACGAUGCGUGGCGCAUCACGAGGAUCAACGAUAAAUACUCGAUUUGCGAAAGUUAUCCAUCGGUGUGGGCAGUUCCGCGACCCGCAACUGACGAACUCAUCAAACAAUGUGCCGCGUUCAGGUCCCGAGGGCGUUUGCCGGUUUUGUCGUGGAUUCAUCCGAUUUCGUCGGCGACAAUUACGCGAUGUUCGCAACCCUUGGUCGGUGUCAGUGGCAAACGCAGCACCGAAGAUGAGACGUACAUCAAUUAUAUCAUGGAAGCGAAUGCCAAUUGUGACAAAUUGUCGAUUAUGGAUGCGAGACCGAAUGCCAAUGCGAUUGCGAACAAAGCAAGGGGUGGCGGGUUUGAGUCGGAAGAGGUUUAUGCGCACGUUGAUUUGACCUUUUUGGAUAUUCACAACAUUCAUGUCAUGCGGGAGAGUUUGAGGAAGCUCAAGGAGGUCUGUUUUCCAGCGAAUGACGAUCAACGGUGGUUGUCGGCAGUUGAAAAUAGUCUCUGGUUGAAGCAUAUCAAGGGGAUUCUCGCUGGAGCUGUUCGAAUUGUUGAUAGGAUCGAAAAUCUAAAAAUCUCCGUUGUCGUUCACUGUUCCGACGGUUGGGAUCGUACCGCACAAUUGACUGCCUUAGCGAUGCUCCUUCUCGACCCCUAUUAUCGCACGAUGAAAGGCUUCGAGGUCCUCAUCGAGAAAGAAUGGCUCAGUUUUGGUCACAAAUUCCAACAACGCAUCGGGCACGGCGACAGUCAUCAUUCCGAUGCAGAUCGCUCCCCCGUUUUCCUUCAAUUUAUAGACUGCGUUUGGCAAGUUAGUCGUCAAUUUCCGCACGCCCUCGAAUUUAACGAGCACUUCCUCAUCACAAUUCUCGACCAUUUGUAUUCCUGUCGGUUCGGCACAUUCCUCUGCAACACCGAAAAAGAGCGAAUUACGGAAGAUUUGAAACACAAAACCGUCUCGUUGUGGUCCUGGAUGAACGCGUCGCACGAACAAUACAUCAAUCCGCUGUACGGCGGGCGAACGAAUACGGCGCAAACUGUUUUGAAGCCCGUGGCGAGUAUGCGACACAUAAAAUUGUGGAAGGGACUCUAUUGUCGCUGGAAUCCGAGCAUGCGGGCACAAGAUCCGAUCUAUCAGCGAAUACGGGAAUUGUUGUCGUUGCAGGAACAGUUGCAGCGGCAAGUCGACGAGAUACGGUGCGAGUCAAAUAAUCGGAAUCAGCAGAAUAAUGCACGUCUUGCUUCACCAAUGCACUAAAAAAAUUACGAGAAAUAUGAAUUUUAUAAUUAUCAAGUAGGUUUAAGAAUCAGCAACAUAGAGAAAUAUA